GACUCAUCAUUUUUUUAAGAAAAAAAGUUCGACUUUACUUUGGGCUCCAACUCAUUUUGCAGAGUUACAAACUUGCAGUUGCGCUAGCUAAGACGUCGGAGCAAUUUGAGUAAACGAGAAUUUGGCACGCCUGGGUCAGAUCCGACCCGGAUAAAUCAAGCCCUAAUUUAAAUUGGGCUGGAUUCGGUCUGGGUUGCAGUCUUUAUUUUAAGGCCUGAAUGCUUGCCAAUGCCAGCCCACUCUACGAUCUCCUUCCUCGACAAAUUCCUAAAACUCUGCAAACCCUAUACCCUCGUAUUUGUUAACAGAUCAAAUGUCGAUUUAGAACGCAUAUCUUCAAAAAGUUCAUUUCUUUGAUGAUGGAUCCCUUAAUUGGUGAAACCAAUCAACAUGAAGUAGAGAAGCAAGAAACGCCUUUGCCUCUUCAACGAAUCGCCAACAACUCGAAACUGGCCCCGAAACGUUUCUUCAAGAACCAAAUCCCUGACUCAAUCCUCAACGACGCCUUGCUCAACGCCGCAAUUUCGCUUCUUCCUUCUAACUACAAUUUCGAAAUCCAUAAAUGCGUCUGGCGCGUCCGUUCCACAGGCGCGAAGCGCGUCGCCCUCCAAUUUCCUGAAGGUCUUCUAAUGUAUUCCCUUGUCAUCUCCGAUAUUCUCACUUCUUUCGCUGACAUCACCCACUGCUUUGUACUCGGCGAUGUCACCUAUGGCGCAUGCUGCGUCGAUGACCUAUCCGCCACCGCUCUUGGUGCCGAUUUGUUAAUCCACUACGGCCACAGCUGCUUAGUCCCAAUCGACUCCACAAAAAUCCCUUGCCUUUACGUCUUCGUUGAGAUUAAAAUCAAUGUCGACGGUCUCGUCAACACAAUCGAACACAACCUUACUUCUUGCAAGGAAUCCGUUAUCCUUGCCGGGACGAUUCAGUUCUCCUCGGCGAUUAGAUCGGCCAAGCCAGAGCUAGAAAAACGAGGGUUUAAGGUUUUAAUUCCUCAGUCAAAGCCGCUGUCAGCUGGUGAAGUUUUAGGUUGCACCGCUCCCAAAAUCGGUUCCGUUAUAAAUGCUAAUGAAUCCGUGGCUGUUUUUGUGGCUGAUGGGAGGUUUCACUUAGAGGCGUUUAUGAUUGCGAAUCCAGGGAUCAAGGCUUUUCGAUACGAUCCUUAUCUAGGAAAGUUGUUUUUGGAGGAAUUUGAUCAUAAGGGAAUGAGGGAAACGCGAAGGAGAGCGAUAGAGAAAGCAAAGAGAGCGAAGAGUUGGGGGAUUGUGUUGGGGACAUUGGGGAGGCAAGGGAAUCCUAGGGUUUUAGAGAGGUUAGAAGGGAAAAUGAGGGAGAAAGGAUUUGAUUAUACGGUUAUUUUGAUGUCAGAAAUUAGUCCUACGCGGAUUGCUUUGUUUGAAGAUGCAGUGGAUGCUUGGGUUCAAAUUGCUUGUCCUAGGCUUUCUAUUGAUUGGGGUGAUGCCUUUGUAAAACCUUUGCUGACUACAUUUGAGGCAGAGAUUGCACUUGGGGAGAUAUCAGGGUGGUGGGAGAUAGACAGUUGCGGCUCUUGUGGAAAUGGGUUUAAUGGUGGGGAGAGUAAAUCAUGUUGUGGUUGCAGAGGAAGAGAGGAUUUUCGUGGCGAUUAUCCGAUGGAUUAUUAUGCGCAGGAUGGUGGGGAAUGGAAUUCAUCUUAUGUGAAGAAGUUGGCUCGUCCUGUGAGGAGAAAUAUUGCACCUCUCUGUGGUCAUGGUGCUGUCCUUUAGCAGCCGGGGGCAAUUGAAACUUUGUAUUCCUGUGAGCAUGUAACUCUACUUGUGUCAUUUUAUAUCUAAUUUAUAGGAGGUUUGAACAUGAGUUAUUAUUUGAAUACCCUUGUCGUUUUCCAUGUUUCAAUUGUAAAGCAGAUCUCAGAAUGAGCUUUAGAUGCAAUAUGGACUGAAAUUAAUAUAGCUUGAAGAUCACUUGGAGUUAAAAUUGUUGCUGUAAUUUGUUGAUGUUCUGUUUCUUUAAGUUAUCUCGGCAGAAAGAAGUUUUGUGCUAUGAAAUCAGAGUUUAUGUUACUAG